UCUGCCGAGUGCGAAAUGAAGCGAAUCCAUCUAAAUAGUUAAUGACGAUCAUCCAGAAAAACCACAGGGAGACGUACCCACCAUAAAACAGACACACCUACCACUUUUGAUAACGCAGAACAAAAGUUUGUGAUGCUAACACAAGUCAACCAUGAAGACCAUAGUUUGCGGCGGUUGUGAGAAUGUUAUAAGGCCUCGGAGGCUGAGGCUUUUCUGUAACGGGUUGUGCGGCCGAUUCUUCCACAUACCCUGCACCGACGUGCCCCUGGAGCUUUACCAUUCCGUCUGCAAGUACCCCUCGUUCGCGUGGAGAUGCAACGAUUGCAGAGCGAAGCUUCAGUUCUGGAACCCGCGCUACCUCAACGACUAUUUCGUGGAGAAGAUCAAGAACGUCGUGGGGGAGAUGGAGGAGAGAUUCAGACGUUUCAAGGAGGAGCUGAUAUAUAACUCCGUAGGAAAGUACAAGGAGGUGAUGAGUAGGAAAUUAGCGUACGAAGCCAUGGAGAAGAUGAAGGAGACUCGGCUGAGGCAGCAGGAAAAUUCGACAGAAUUUUAGGUUGGCUUUUGCUUCAAACAAGAACACCUGAAUAACUAUAUCGGGUGAUAUAGGCAGUCCAUUACAGUAAGAUCAUUUUUGUUGUUCUAGUUAAUGUACUACGUCGAUUGCCCACAAAAUUUUGUCUUAGUAACGUUACUGUUUCUUCAUUGACUAUUUGACACCACUUUGAAUUGCGCUAAUCAGUGACCUAGCCGUAGAAUCAUGCAAUAGUGUUUAAUUUCGUAAUGACGUAAGAAUAAAAGCCUACUAGAAAUGGAUCAUACAGAUUAUAAUUGUAUGUAUUUAACUUUUGAAAUAGUACGUCUUAUAAGAACUCCUAACCAUAGAUAUCUGUAUUUUCCUCUUGCUGAUAUUUCGAACAUCACCCGAUCUCAUCUCUGCAAUAAAGUACCACUUGAAUUAC